AGGAGCCUUCAGAAGAGACCGAGCAGGCGCAGCGUGCGGAGCGCUGUUUCUUUUAUUUUGUCCUCGUCCUCGAGAAUAUCACCAAAAAAGGAGUUAAUUCGACUGGAUGUAUCAGUUAUGUCCGUGUUUUAGAACCAAAUGCGUCUUUUGUGCUAAGUUUGGGCAGAGGUUCUCAGCGUAGCCGCCUCAGAACUCCUCACGAUGUGACCUGAAGAUGUUGACGGAUGUGCCGAAUAAAAGUCUCUCGGGUUCGGAUAAGCGGUCUCUGUUCAGGACGAGCUGAAAGAAGAGUGGAAGUCAGAAAGCCGAAAAACAGGGGAACAAAUGGAGCGGCAUCCCAGCCUCGUUAGUAUUUGGCUGCAGCUGGAGCUUUGUGCGAUGGCUGUGCUCUUAACGAGAGGAGAAAUUAGGUGUUACUGUGAUGCCCCCCACUGUGUGGCUACUGGUUACAUGUGUAAGUCAGAGCUGAACGCCUGCUUCACACGCAUCCUAGACCCCCAAAGCUCCAAAUCCCCCCUCUCUCACGGCUGUUACGACCCUCUGCUGAACUCGGGGAGUGUGUGCCGUACCGAGUCGACCUACGACGGCCCUGCCACCCUGGAGUGCUGUCAUGAAGACAUGUGCAAUUACCGAGGCCUGCAGGAGCUCACCUACAGCAGAGGAGAAAGCCUGGACCGCAGGGGUCGUCCACAGGCCGAAAGUGGCCGUCACCUGGUGGCUCGGGUCCAGGAGAUUCCCUCAGCUAAGGAGGUGUGGUUCCGUGCGGCCGUCAUCGCCGUGCCUAUCGCGGGCGGUCUCAUUCUGGUCCUCCUGGUCAUGCUGGCCGUGCGGAUGCUGCGGAGUGAGAGCAGACGGCUAAGACAGCAGCGCAGCGAGAUGCUGUCCCGCCUGCACUACAGCCUGCACGGGCAGCAGCUGGCCAAAGGCCGUGGCACCGCCAAGCUGGACCUGGAGUGCAUGGUGCCGCUGGGAGGCCACGAGAACUGCUGCCUGACCUGCGACAAGAUCAGACAGUCUGACCUGAGCAGUCAGAGACUUCUGUCGCUCGUCCACUGGGGGAGGUACAGCGGCAGAGGCAAGCUGGAGUUUGUCUGACGUUUUGUUUUUUUUUCCUGUCUGGGACUCAUUUAGCUACGGCUAUUUUUACAUUUUUUGCCUUCUAAAGGACAGACUGCAGAAAAAAGGAGGAAACAAGACACUUGAAAGCCUUACCCAUCUGGUUGCUGCUGUAGAAGCACUUUACUUGAAUUAGAAGCUAGCAGAGGAGGACGUACUGGUACUCUCUAAUAACUGAAGGAUUCCAAAAAAGAAAAAAUAGAGAGACGUUUUGUACCAAUUUGCACUUUUGUAUAAAGAGACUGGUUGAAUUGCUUUAGUUUUUUGUCUAGACAAGCACAUUUCUGCAGACUGAACAAGAAGGACAUGACUCUUGGAAGAAAGGUGGACAUAACUGUUUGUAAUUUUUCAUCAUUUUCCGAUUGCUCAGAUCAGAUCAACUCCCUGUAAAGAUUUCCUCAUGUAAAUAUUACAUGUCUGAUAAGGAAA